GUGGGGGCAUAUAUGCAGUUAUACACAAUAUAUUUAUAUGUUUAUAUAUACACACACAUCUACAUGUGUAUGUGUCAAGUCUAUUCUAAAGUGUUUGAAGAUUGAUUUCCCUUCCACUGAUUCAGAUUUGACUGCGAGGUUUGCUUUUUUCGCUAAUUUAAUUCAAUUCGUUAAUUUAUGGUUUCGUUUUCGGAUUUUAAUCACCGCGUGAUCAUGAUAUCGUUGAAUUUCUUCUCUUUCAUUGGUUCAUGUUAUUGGCUAUAAACAGUACUUCAAUUAGCUCUGUUUAUGGUUAUGGAAUGUCCUAAUGAUAUUGGAACGUUGAAACUCUUAGAACGUGAGAGUUAGUUUGAAGAAGCUCAAUUUGAAUACUUAGGGUUUUGGAUUUCGUGAGCUUUUCACUUUGAAGUUUGAUUCGUUUCUGUGAUCUAAGUAAAAACUGCUUGACGAAAAUCUGGGAAAAAAGCAUGGUAGUAGUGUUUUUUGAAGGUUGAUGUCGUGGCAAAUUAUGCUUGGAUUGAAAACGGACUCUAGGGCUUGUUUAUUAAGUACCCAUUGUUGUUGUGGGACCAUGAUAAAGGAGAAUGGUAGUAAUGUCCAAGUUACACAUGGUGGAAGGAUUCGGCGUCGUAAAGGUUCAAAUGAGGUUCCAGGUGAUGUAGGCCAAUCGAAUGGAAACAACCACUUGCUUGUAAAUGAUCAAAAUAAGUACAGAUCAAUGUUGAUUCGUGCUUAUUCAAGUAUUUGGAUGAUUGGUGGUUUUAUAUUUGUUGUCUACAUGGGGCAUCUUUAUAUAUGGGCCAUGGUUGUUAUUAUACAAAUCUUUAUGGCAAAAGAACUCUUUGGGUUACUGAGAAAAGUAAAUGAAGACAAACAACUCCCAGGAUUUAGGCAUUUAAAUUGGCAUUUCUUCUUCACAGCAAUGCUAUUUGUAUAUGGUCGAAUACUUAGUCAAAGGCUGGUCAAUACUGUCACAACAGACAAGUUUUUAUAUAAAAUAGUGGGAAAUCUUAUCAAAUAUCAUAUGGUUACCUGUUAUUUCCUUUAUAUAGCAGGUUUUGUGUGGUUCAUUCUGUCACUAAAGAAAAAGAUGUACAAGUAUCAGUUUGGGCAAUAUGCAUGGACACAUAUGAUCCUUAUUGUGGUUUUCACUCAGUCCUCUUUCACAGUAGCCAAUAUUUUCGAAGGGAUAUUCUGGUUCCUCCUUCCUGCAUCAUUGAUUGUGAUCAAUGACAUUGCUGCUUAUUUUUUUGGAUUUUUCUUUGGAAAAACACCUUUGAUUAAGUUAUCACCAAAGAAGACAUGGGAGGGAUUUAUUGGAGCUUCUGUUACAACAAUUAUAUCUGCCUUUGUGCUUGCUAAUUUUAUGGGUCGUUUCCAUUGGUUAACAUGUCCCAGAAAGGACCUAUCAACUGGUUGGCUCCAAUGUGACCCUGGCCCACUUUUUACACCAGAGACCUUCAUUUUACCUGGAUGGCUUCCUGAAUGGUUUCCAUGGACAGAGAUGCAAGUUCUACCGGUGCAAUGGCACGCAUUGGGACUUGGACUUUUUGCUUCAAUUAUUGCACCUUUCGGUGGCUUCUUCGCUAGUGGUUUCAAAAGAGCCUUCAAGAUCAAGGAUUUCGGGGAUAGCAUUCCUGGACAUGGUGGAAUGACAGACAGAAUGGAUUGUCAAAUGGUGAUGGCUGUCUUUGCAUACAUCUACCAUCAGUCGUUUAUUGUUGCCCAGAGCGUAUCAGUUGGGAUGAUUUUUGACCAGAUUGUGAUGAAUCUGUCAUACGAGGAGCAAAAGGUGUUGUACAAUAACCUAGGACAAAUACUACAAGACAGGCAGUUUGGUGAAUCUUGAAGAAGAUGACAAUUACAUUUUUGAUUUGUACUAUGUUUGACUUUUGUUAUGAUCGUUUUUUGUGGUAUUGCAUCAUAUCAUAUACAAUACAUAUGUGUAUAGUGGUUGGUUGCUCUAUCCCUUUGUUAAGAAUGUAGAUGGAAAUGGUAUCAAACAAACACACAUGUAUCCAUCCAUUAUUUUUGUAUCAUUUUCAUUUUUUUUUUUUUUACUUUCUCUUUUAAAUUUAUAAAUUAUCAAUCAAUGUAAAAAUUUAUGAUCCUUCUCGAUUUAUCACCCUUUUCAUUUUAGCUAUUAUCUAUUUCACUCACUGAGUCAGUCAAUUACAUAAAUCAUCCAUAUUCGAAAUCACUCUACAUGUAAAAAACCACCAAUUCAUAGUUAGAUUUCAACGAGGCAUUCCAACGUUUUAUUCCCUUCUUCUACUACCCUAACAACACGCUCAACUACACAAUUCCAAGCAAAAUAAUCAGGAACAAUUCCCUUUUCCACCAUCUCCAUAAACAACAUCAACCCCUUAUGCAAAUCCCCUCUCUUACAAUACCCAUCAAUCAAAGGACUAUAACUACCCGAAUCCACCUCCCAACCUCUUCCAACCAUAUCCUCCAAAAAUAGCAUAGCACUUCCAACUUUACCCUCACCACAAAGCCCAUUAAUCAAAUCCCUAAUAAUCAUAACAUCAGGAACAUAACCACGCGACACCAUCACAUCCACAAUCUCAAAAGCAUCUCUCACCAUAUUUUCUUCACAAAACCCUCGAAUCAAACUGAUAUAAACAAGAACACUUGGGAUUCCACCUUCUAGAAUCAUCUCAUCGUAUAUCUUUUUCGCAUUUCCCAUUCUACCCUCCUCACAAAAUGUUAAUAUCUCUUUGCUUCUAUCAACAGUUCUCGGAAAUUUUGUCCCCAUCUUGGUUAAAAAGUCAAGAGCUGAGUCAACUAGGGUCGCUUUAUAGAAACCAUAUAUGAUGCUGUUAUAAGGACUUAUAUGAUUUAAAGAACCACAUUUACUAUCCUCCAUUACUUCCAAGAUCGUAUGCCCAUCUUCUACCCUUCCUUUUGAACAAAACCCGCGAAUUAAAAUAUCAAAUGUAUCAAAAUUCCAAAUGAUCCCGACCCUUUUCAUCUCAUGGAACAUAUCAAGAGCCGAAUCGAACAAACCCAACUCACAAAAUCCAUAUAUCAAAGAAUUAUAAGUGUCUGCAUUUGGAACAAUACCCUUCAACUCCAUCUCCUUUAAAAACCUAUGUGCAGCCUUUGGUUUUUUGAUUUUACAGAAACCCUUCACAAGAGUGUUGUAAGCCACCACAUCAAUCUUGCCACCUUUCUUCUCUACCCUUUCUAAAACCUCCACUGCCUCCAUGGCACGAUUCUUGUUACAUAAAAGUUCCAUUAUUUUGGUUAUUGUGAUGACAUCAGGGACAAAUCCAAGAUUGAAACACUUUUCUAACAUCACAAGUGCUUGAAUUAUGUUAUCUUCUUUACAGUAUGCGGUUAUUAAGAUAUUGAAAGUGACACUGUUUGGGUUUUCUAUCUCUUUCAUCAAACUCCUGGCCCUUCCUACCCCAAGUUUCCCAUUCUUGCAAAGAGCAUGGAGUAAGGUGUUGUAUAUGACAGUGUUUGGGGGGAUACUGUUUUUCUUCAUGAAUUGUAAAAGCUUAAAAGCAUCUGAUAUGCGAUUUGUCAUGCAAAGUCCCUUUGUUAAGAUCCCGAAAGUGUACAUAUCGCCUUUAACACCACAAGCCAUCAUCUUGCGUCUGUAAAAGCCUCUGGCUAUGUCAAUAUCUUCUUUAACAAGAACAUCGAGUAUUGUGUUGUAGAUUUUCAGGGUGGGUUUUUCUUUGAAUCUUGAAACUAAGUCAAGAACAUUGAUUACUUGUCUGACCAUUCGAGCGUUGCCUAACCCACGGAUGAUGGUUAUGAAGACUGUAUCGUCUGGGGGUGAGCCGAUUGAGCUGGGCAUUUCAUCGAGCAGUUGGUGGAUGGUGUCGAAAUGACGAAAAGCACAGAGCUUGUGGACAAGAGCUCUGUAGGUGGAUUGGGUGUGGGUGAAAUGGGGGAGUUUGGACGCCCAUCUGAAAGUGUUAAGAGCUUCAGAUGCUGACUUUUGAUCUAAUAUGAGGUGGGAAAUCUGGUCAUGAGUGGGAACAGGGGAGGUUAUCGAAAUGGAUCUUGAUUGGGUGUUGUAAAGUUUAUGAUUUCUUUUUGACCUGAAGAAGAUGGAUAGAUUCUUUGACGAAUUGGAGAAACUGAUCAUGAAUAUAUCAAAUUAAAACUGAACAAGAGCAAAUGACAACCGAAGAGGGAAGAAUCCUUAAAAACUAAAAUUCAACUCGUCAUAUGUUCUAGUCUUAUUUUUAUACAAAUAAAUUGAUGGAAAAAUGAUC